CAAUCAGAAUUUCAGCAGCAUCAUUAAACCACCAAUCAGACUUCGCCAGGCAGUAGCUAAAGGAAGUCAUUGGAGGUUUGUUGGCUGUAAAUCUUGGGGAUUUUCUCUGACAAGAAUAAACAGGGAAAACAGGUCAAACAGGUUACAUUUAGACAAAGUGACAUUCAGCAGCAAGAUCAUCUCUCACGAUUGAAAGAAGAGCAGACAUGCCUUUAAAAACCUCAUCACUAUAAGGAGAAGGGGGACCAACACCUAAAAAAUGAGUCUUAAAAGGAAAACCAACUCAGCUUCACCAGAACCUAGCUGUGUGUCUAUGAAGAGUGAAAACUCCCUUCAUCACCCCCCUGGUUUCAGUGAAAAAGCAGUGACCUCUGACCUCAGGCAGCUCUACACAGAACCAAACUUGCUGAAUGAAUCUGAAGACCUGCAUCAGAAUUCUCAUAAACCAGUAGAUGAUGUCCUGCAGAGAGUCAAAGACCAACACAAAACCAUCAUGAAGAACAAAUAUGAGAGAUUAUUUGAGGGAAUCAAACAUCAGGAGAAUCAAACCCUCUUAAAGAGGAUUUACACACAACUGUACAUCAUAGAGGGAGAAAGUGAAGGAGUGAAUGAAGAACAUGAGGUGUUACACAUGGAGAAAAACACCAGAACACAAAACUUACAAUACACAACAAUCUACUGCAAUGACAUCUUUAUACCCUUACCUGAACCAGAACAUAAAACAGAGAAAAGAAGAAGAAAAGACAAAAUCAAGAGCGUUCUUACUAAAGGCAUCGCUGGAAUUGGAAAAACCGUCUCUGUACAGAAGUUCAUUCUGGAUUGGGCCGAGGGAACAGCCAAUCAGGAUGUAGAUUUCAUGUUUGUACUUCCAUUUCGAGAGCUGAACUUGAUUCAAGAUGAUCAGUACAGUCUUCACAAACUUCUGCUUGACUUUCAUCCUGAACUUCAAGAUCUGGACCCAAAGAUUUAUGAUGAGUGUAAAAUUGUGUUCAUCUUUGAUGGUCUGGAUGAAAACAGAAUGACACUGAUGUUUUCAGACGCUGAGAAAGUUUCUGAUGGGACAGAGACUUCAUCAGUGCCUGUGUUGAUAUCAAAUCUCAUGAAAGGAGAUCUACUUCCCUCUGCUCUCAUCUGGAUCACCUCCAGACCAGCAGCAGCCAAUCAGAUCCCAUCUAAAUACAUCCACCGUCUGACAGAAAUCCAGGGAUUCAAUGACGCUCAGAAGGAGGAAUAUUUCAGGAAGAGCAUCAGUGAUGAACAUCAAGCCAGCAGAAUCAUCUCACACAUUAGAAGAUCAAGAAGUCUCCACAUCAUGUGUCACAUACCAGUCUUCUGUUGGAUCUCAUCCACUGUGCUUCAAAACAUCCUGAAACAAGACAAUGAGAGAGCAGAAAUCCCCAAAACUCUGACUGAAAUGUACAUCCACUUCCUGCUGAUUCAGAUGAAUAUGAAGAAUGAGAAGUAUGAUGAGAGAGAUCCAGAGAAACUCUUGCAGUCUAACAGAGAAAUGAUUGUCAAACUGUCUAAACUGGCUUUUGAACAGCUGAUGAAGGGUAAUGUGAUGUUUUAUGAGGAGGAGGUGAGAGAGUCUGGCAUAGACAUCACUGACGCCUCAGUGUAUUCUGGGAUCUGUACGGAGAUCUUUAGGGAGGAAUCUGGGAUACAUCAGAGGAAAAUCUACUGCUUCAUACAUCUCAGCUUUCAGGAGUUUCUGGCUGCUCUUUAUGUGUUUCACUAUCACAUGAGUACAACAAUGGAGACUCUGAAACAUUUUGCUUCAGUACAAAACUUGCUUAAAGGUGCCGUAGAUAAAGCUCUACAGAGUACAACAGGACAUCUGGAUCUUUUCCUGCGAUUCCUGCUGGGCAUCUCACUGGAGUCCAAUCAGAGACUCUUACAGGAUCUACUGACACACACAAAGAACAGUUUAGAGACCAUCGGAGAAGUCACACAGUACAUUAAGGAUAAAAUUAAACAUGAUCAUCGCUCAACUGACAGAUCUAUCAAUCUGUUUCUGUGUCUUCUUGAAGUGAAUGAUCAGACUCUGUACAGAGAGAUUGAGAAGUUUGUGAGAUCAGACAAACAAUCAGAGCAGAAACUCUCUGCUGCUCACUGUUCAGCAAUAGCCUACAUGCUUCAGAUGUCAGAGGAGGUGUUAGAUGAGCUGAAUCUGAAGAAAUAUAACACAACACAGGAGGGGAGAAGAAGACUCAUACCAGCUGUCAGCAAUUGCACAAGAGCUAUACUUGCUGACUGUAAUCUGACUGCUGAGUGUUGUGAAAGUUUAUCUUCAUGUCUACAAUCCUCAUCUUGUCUUCUGAGAGAUCUGGACCUAAGUAACAAUGACCUGCAGGAUUCAGGAGUGAAGCUCAUCGCUGAUGCUCUUAAGAGUCCAGACUGUAAACUAGAGAUACUGAGAUUGUCAGGUUGUAUGGUGACAGAUGAAGGUUGUUGUUAUUUGGCUUCAGCUCUGAGUUCAAACCCAUCAUCACACCUGAGAGAGCUGGAUCUGAGCUACAAUUACCCACAACACUCAGGACGUCAGAUGCUCUCUCAGAGACUUAAUGAUCCCAAGUGUAAACUCGAGAAACUAAAUUUGGAACAUGGAGAACCUUUCAGGAUUACACCGGGACUACGAAAAUAUGCCUGUGAUCUCACACUGGAUCCAAACACAGAAAACAGUCGUCUCGUUCUGUCUGAGGAUUAUAAAAAGGUCACUUAUGUGAAAGAGAAGCAGUUGAAACCUAAACAUCGAGAGAGAUUUGAAGGUGUUCCUCAGGUUCUGUGUCGAGAGAGUCUGACUGGACGCUGUUACUGGGAGGUUAAAUGGGAUGAGUGGACUCGUAUAGCAGUGACAUAUAAAGACACCAGCAGAAAAGAAGGGAGUAACAGUUUGUUUGGGCUUGAUGAAAAGUCCUGGAGUCUCUUCUGCAAUGUCAAUGGAUUUGACAUCUGGCACAAUAAUAAAAUCCAGAGCAUACCUCCACCUUCAUCUCAGUCUAACAGAGUAGGAGUUUAUCUGGACUGGUCAGCAGGAACUCUGUCCUUCUACAGCGUCUCUGAUACACAAACACUCACACACAUACACACAGUUAACACAAAAUUCACUGAACCUCUAUAUGCUGGAUUUAUGGUUCGUUAUGAAGUCUCACUGUGUCAGAUUAACAACUCACUUUGAGCAAUCAUUCAGUGCAGGCUGACAUAAACAGCAACAUAAACUAAACCAUAUUGCAGAAGAUCAUAGAUAAGUGAGGAUGAGUAUUUUUUAUUUGGUCUGGCAGUCAGUUUUAAUCUAGCAACAUAAAUUCCCUCCUAGCAACCACGUAGAACAGUCUAGUUACUGUACGCCACAUUAGAAGGUAGUAGAGACUUAAGGUUUGGGUCUUUAGACUUGGAACACUGAAUUAAAACCAUUGGAGGAUCCCAUGAGACCCUUUAGUUGUUCUGAGUUGUCUGUCUUUGUGUUUUACUGGCACCUGCCCAUCCAACUGUAGCAACCAUCCAGGCUACAGCCUAGCAACUUGAUCCAGUCAUAUACCAGCACCAGAAAAUCAUUAAGAGAUAGCAUUGGCUUUGUUAAGGCGGCUUUAACACUGACAGUUUAGUUUGAAAUGGGGCACAGUUUGCAUGACAAACUGGUAAUGUUAACCCUAGACUACGUGUAAGUGGUUUUCGGAGUUUGGUAACUCUGGGAUUGUCAUGUGAUUUAUUUGGGUGUGCAAAUGUCCAGUAUGUAAAGUGCCCUUUGUUUCAGGCAAAACAAAGGGCACGGAUGUAUUUUAAGAUAUGUCAGUGCAAGUUGUUUUGAGUUUGGACAGCUCUUACAUUUAUUUUAGUUUAGGGCUAGUUUAAUCCCUGUCUCAGAAACCACCCCAUAAGGUCUGUUUACUAAUGUGAGCUAUUGGCAUGAGCCUCAGAGUAGAGCAAUCAGAGCAGAGCUCAAUAUUAUUCAUGACCUUCCCAAAUAGGGCAAAAAUAGACCAUUUCAUUCAAAUGACAAAUCUUGUAAAUAUAUAUAUAUAUAUGUAAAAUGUUUCUCGGGGCGGCAGUGGCUCAGUGGUUCAUGUAGGUUGUCUACAAACCGGAAGGUUGGUGGUUCAAUCCCCGGCUCCACCGGACCAAGUGUCGAAGUGUCCUUGAGCAAGACACUUAACCCCAGUUGCUCCCGACGAGCUGGCUGGCGCCUUGCAUGGCUGACACCGCCGUCGGUGUAUGAAUGUGCGCGUGAAUGUGAGGCUAAUUGUAAAGCGCUUUGGAUGGCCAUAGGUCUGUUAAAAGCACUAUAUAAAUGCAGUCCAUUUACCAUUUACCAUUCUAGAUAUUUUUUGCACUUAAUAAAGUUACAUACCUUCUAUGUACAUAUCAAAGAACAAUUUAACAUAUUAUUUCAAUGCAUUCUUUGUCACCUUUAAGUAAAUAUAAAAAAUAAGAAAAUUUUAAAAACUUAGGUUUUAUUUUUAAUACGUUUAUUAAGAAUGUGCUUUAUGGCUUCUUAGAUAUAUAGAUUUGAUUUUAAAUAGGUUUAUUAAGAAUGUGCUUUAUGAGUUCUCAGAUGUGACAUGCACUAAAUGCAUCAUGCACAUGUGUGUGCGUGCGUGUGUGUACCUGGUAAUUAUCACGGUUUGUGACCUUGUGGGGACAUUUUAAUGUCCCCAUGAGGAAACAAGCUUAUAAAUCAAACAAAAGAGGGUUUUUGUGAUGGUUGGGGUUAGGGAAUGG